AUGGAAGAAGGAUUUUAUCCCGAAUUUAUAGUUGAUAAAGAAGAAAAAUUAGAAGAUAUUGAUUCAACAGAGAGUCAACAAAUUGAUGUAAAUAAGCAUCCAAUAAUUAAAGAAGAAAACAUUAAUACUGAAACACAUCUUCAAUCAGAAUUGAUAAUCAAAGACGAAAUAUUAGAAGAAACUUAUUUAGGAGAUGAUAAAACAUUUACCUUCAAAAGUUAUUUAGUCAAACAUAAACGAAUUCAUACCGGAGAAAAACCUUAUUCAUGUGAUGUUUGUGAUAAAACAUUUACUAUUCAAAGUAGUUUGAUUCUACAUAAACGAAUUCAUACCGGCGAAAAACCGUAUUCAUGUGAUGUCUGUGACAAAACAUUUACCUACUUAACAGGUUUUAUUGUACAUAAACGAACUCAUACUGGAGAAAAACCGUAUUCAUGUCAUGCUUGUGAUAAGACAUUUAGUGUCCAAAGUAGUUUAAAUCUACAUAAACGACUUCAUACUGGAGGGAAGCCGUAUUCUUGUGAUACUUGUGAGAGGACAUUUAUCACUGAAAAUCAUUUAAUUCUACACAAACGAACUCACACCGGAGAAAAACCAUUUGCAUGCGAUAUUUGUAAUAAAAAAUUUAAUCUUCAAAACCCUUUAGUUAAACAUAAACGGAUUCAUACUGGAGAAAAACCAUUUUCAUGUGAAAUUUGUAAUAAAUCGUUUAAUCAACAAUACACUUUAGUUACGCAUAAACGGAUACAUACUGGAGAAAAGCCUUAUUCAUGUGAUGCUUGUGAUAAAACAUUUACUGUCAGCAGUAUUCUGCAUAAACGUACUCAUACUGGCGAAAAACCAUAUUCUUGUGAUGUUUGUGAGAAAACAUUUACUGCUCACAGCGGGUUAACUAGGCAUAAACGAACUCAUACUGGAGAAAAACCGUAUUCAUGUGAUGUUUGUCAUAAAACAUUUGCUAAUCAAAGUAGUCUAAUUAGACAAAGGGGGAUUCAGGGCCAGCAUAGCCAUAAGUGCAAAGUCUGUGUUGCACAAAGGCAUCCGAAAUAA